AAUGGGAAAAGAUGCCAACGCCAACUCUCGAGUCUGCAGCAAGCAUUUUCGUGACGAGGAUUUCGUGUACGCCGCCGCUUCUAAGAUGUUCGGCUGGAAGAGGCGUUGGCUUACACCCGAAGCUGUCCCGUCCCUGAGCCUUCCUGUGCGACCUUCGGACCGUCCGCGACGCCCCGAGCGCCGUCCAAAUCGGGCGCAAAACAAAGAGGACAGACCACUGGCUUUGGCUUUCCCUAAAAGCUUGCUGGACGUAUUGCCCGCUGGUGAGGAACAGCCAAGCACCAGUUCAAUGGACAUCACUGAUCAAGAGCUUAACCUCACUGAAGACGGCAAUGAAGGUAACCGUAGUGCAUGA